AUGAAUAUCUUAAGGAAUAAUUGUCGGGGAAGUGUGUUGGCUUUGGGCGGGAGUUGGAAGGAACCGCCGUGGAGCGUCAACACCGCCGUCGCGAGCACUAAUAGGCCGGAAUCCGCGACGCCCGUUAUCCAUCGCGACCAUCGUGAACUGUCGAGCCCUUCGUCGGCGUUCUCCAACCAGCAACGUCAGCCACUGCGAGCGAGCGCGCGGUUAGCCAAAAUCCAUCGCGUUCACCGAGAUCUGGUCGGGAGCACCCGCCGACGUCCACCCUUCAACCGCCUACGUCCACCGCGAGUGGACGGGUCUCCAGUUUCACUGGGAGAUCUUCUUUCGCGAUCUGACAUCAUCAAAGACGAACCAGGAGAACCGGAUUCGCGAGUCCCGACCAUUGUUCACCGAUUUCGAGCUCUCGACGACCGAGCUCUGUUCGGCCCAUCCUUCCGGCAAAGACUGAGAUCCGUCUGUUUUUCCCGACGAGGUACACAAGGCCAUGAGCUGAGGCGAGACUUCAGCGGGCCACCCUUCAAGGCGAGCAAGUAG